UACAAUUACAAAUAGGUGAAUCUUUGAAGCUUGAGGAGGUUUAAAUAAAUAUGAGAGGAUAAAUCGAGUUUAUCUAUUUUUGAGCUUGUAAGUCAUAAAAAUAAAUUAACUUCUAUGUAUGAUUAAUUUAAUAUUCGAAAGAUAUCGAACAUAAACUAGAGAAUCCAGUUAUUUGGUUUUUAAAGUGUAAAAUCGGAUCAGAAUGAUUAUAUUUUCUUUAUAAAUGGCUAUACUUGUAUUAGAUUACACAUAAAACACUUUUGUUUUUAAAAUGGUGUGUUUAAAAAUUUAGAACUUCCCUAGAAAUAUUUAUUUAGCCUAAAAUCAAGCGUCUAGACAUGCUUCUGAAUCAAAUUUUAUAUGUGGCAGCUGCGCUUCGAGUUGAAAAUGCCGAUUGUAUACAAUGUUUUUAUUUAUACCCUAUUUUCUGUGUGCGUCUUCUUUUCUCCAUCCCCGAUUUCAAUCAACUUCCUGUUGCGUCUCUAGAGUUUCUGUUAUUGUUGUCUUUCGAGGCCCAUACCAUACCACAAUACCCGGUCUUGAAAAAGAGCAACCGGUUUUUUGGGACCACAACAAAACACUAUGACUUCAUUGUUUCUGUUACUUUAUCCCCCGGAUUUUUUUUUUGGGUGCGUAGUUUUUGGAUUAAUGCGUGCUCUCGGCUCAAUGAUGUCAUGACCUCACCCCCUCCUGAGUUUUAUUUUUUUUCGGGGUUCCCAGCGGCAUGAUACGCCCAACUUGAUGCCGACAUUAGAUCAUUCUUUUCAAAUUAUCUAUUUAUUUCCCUAUUUACAAGGUGCGUUUAACUAAAGUUAAUUGGCUUGUAAAUUGUUAAACUAAGUUGCAUGUCGGUAUUUUAAAUGGUAAAUUUUUAACGUAUAGCUAAGUUGUCAAUUUAUUAUAUUAGUGCCUAUGAUCCAGGGUUUAUUUUUGGUCCAAGCGCAAAUGACAUCAUUGCAGCGGUUCUGCGAGCUUAAAAGAGAGCAGUUCUAAAGAUGAAACUGGAAUAAGUGUAUAUAACAGAAGCAUAUAUAUUCAAACAGCUUGUCAUAAAGCUUCACAUUGAACGUACGAGUAUAUAAAAAGAUAUGUGGCGAUUUAUCAUAAUUUAUUAUAAUCUAUAAGGUUGUCUGGCUGCCCUAAUUAAUUGAAUUCGCAUGAUAUGGUUUUUUUUUUCUAUUAUAUAUUUCACAAUCCGCUGUUAGCCAUAUGAGUAUUUUUUAAGUAUAAUUAAUAUUUUAUUAAAUGAUUUAAUACCAUGUCUUCCUUAUAUCAUGAAUGGCGUCUUGAGAAGGUUCUUCUUAUCUCAUUCCAAAGGCCUAUUGACAUAUUUAUUACAGAGCAAUCUAAAGUUUGAUUGCUCUUAAUGAGACCGGGUGAUUGUAUAUCAGGAAAGUUUAUAUACAAAUAUUUGUUUACAUUUCUGAGACAUUUGCUUUAUCUCAGGCUUGCUUACUUUAAAAAUUGAUCAGCACAGCAAUCAGUCAAACUGAUCUGAGCCGACAGAGUGAGUAACUUCCAUUAUAUUUUCUAUUGUUCUUUUGCAUUCCUUUCUUAUGAACUAGAAAUUUUAACAUUUUGGAAUUUCCUAUACUUCUAUCUUAAAAUGAGUAUGUUUUUAAUAAUCCACUUAAACUUUCCCUUGUCUAUAAGAAAUGCUGUUGUUUUCCUGAGCGCACUUAUCACCAAAGAACAGCAAAUAAGAAUUGUUUUUUAAGUACACAUAUGUGUUUAUUAUAGGAUCAUCAUUCAGAAAUGUGCCUGAUAUUCACUGAUCUUGAGCUCGGCUCGCGGGAAAUGAGUCAGCUGCGACUCAUUCCGCUGAUUGCAUCACUUCAAAGCGACUCACUUGUAAUAUUGAAAUGCGGAUCAUGUCCGUCCAUCCCAUCCGAUCCAAUACGAUCCGAUCCGAACUAAACACACCCUCUUUAUGGGGCGGGCGUGCAAUCACGUUCGCCGAUUGCACUAAUCCACACACAGGGGAAAUUCAAAUACACUUUGAGAUUAUGACUAUCUUCUUAAAAAGUACAUUCCAAAAUAUCAAACCAGAAGACAAAAAUAAAAUUUAAUUCUUUAAAUUAAUACCUUUAUUACUCAUUAUUACUAGUAAGUAAGCUUUUAGGAUUGACUUUAUUUUUGUUAAGGUAUAUAUUAUUCUUUUUUUUUAGUUUAAAAUGGAAGUUUAUCAAAAUUUUAUAGUUUUGCAUCUUAAAAUAUAGUUAUUGGGUUCAAUAAAAAACAGCUAUCAGAAUAAAGACAUUUCAAGAUAUAUCCAUAAAAAUUAAACUAAAGUAUGAGAGCUAUUUUGUUAAGGUUAAUAUAAUUUAAUAAUUUUUUAAACAUAAUUAAAGUUAAAAUAUAUUUGUUUAUAAUAUAAUCAAAGAUAUAAUAUAAAAUAAAAGAGCCACUAUCAGAAUAAAGACAUUUCCAAGGCAUUCAAAGUAAAAUCAAACUAAAGUAACAAAGCUAUUUUCAAAAUGUGUUCGGAUCCGGUCCAGGUAGACCUUUUUUUUCGCAGUGCAGCUAGCCACCGCAGCUACCUCGAUGACAUCAUCGUGCACAUGGCCGAAAACGGUGGAAAAUCUGGCACGCAUUACGCAUACGCCAUGUGCGAUCGUCGAAAGGUCGGUUGCAUUGGGUAAACAAUCGAAUCGAAUGGCUGUUGGCUAAUUGGGCCCUGGCUGUUCCCUAAUUAUCUGCCAUAAGCAUAUUUUAUUUUUGGGCAAGAGUGAAAACCAAUGGGCAAAUAACACCGCUCAAAUAUUUGUCUCCUGGGUGUGUGAGCUGGCGGGAAAGAUAAAAACCCAAACCCAUUGUUUGCCCUCGACAAUUUUCACCCCUCGCUGAAUUCCGGCAACUUGGUCGUAAAUAUUUUUACGGGCUAAUAAAUGCCUUAACUGCAAAUCGGGCAGGCGCAUUUUCUGUUUAUUUUGCUGUUGGUUUUUCUAUCCACCGUUUUCUCGCAAAAUUUAUUUAAUUGAUUUGUGUUCUUACCCCCAAUCCCUUCCCUCAAGUCAAUGGCAUGUCAGGUGGCCAAAUAAUGAAUGGCCCAUACUAACAAUAUCAAUUGAAAAAAGGAAAAAGAAACAAAAUUGAUCUGCGGCUUUGCCGACGGUUUCUUGGGUUCAUUUUUGUCAAAGUGCGAGUAUUUUUAGCCUUGUUUACUUUUCUGGGGGCGUGGCCUGGGUUUUCCCCAGUCAUUUGCAAAAAAAAAAUGAAAUAAAUAAAAACUUGCCAAAGUCCAGGGCGCAAUCAACUGGUGUGAAUAUAAUUUGUAAAUAAUACCGCCCAUCAGAAGUAAACAACUCUUAGUCAUACGGAAGCACAUAUCAUAGCUCAGAAAAUUCCAGGAAAACGUUUAGUUUAUUUUCUUAUUAUAAGCCAAGAAGGAAUUGGUAGAAAUAAUAUGUGGGCAAAAGGUAUUUAAUGGUUUUUCUAUGUGGUUUAAAAUAAUUUCAUAACUAAUUUAUGAAAUUAAACUGUUUUAACACAAGGUCCUUGCUAUUUUUAAAGGUUUUCUAAGGAAUCUAUUAUAGUACUAUCCUAUAAGUUUCAAUGAAGCCCAGUCUUCUUCAGAUUAUCCUAAAAUACAUUAUAACCAAUCUAUAAAUCAGUAACUAAUAGGUUGUUUUCCAAUGCUAAUGGGAUAUUGAUUUUUUGCUUGCUAUUUUGUAAGGUUUUCUAAGGAAUCUAUUAUAUUACUAUCCUAUAAGUUUCAAUGAAGCCCAGUGGGAGACUCCCUUUGCGAUUUCUUCUUAAGACUAUUCUGAAAUACAUAAAAACAAUCUAUAAAUCAAUUACUAAUAGGUUGUUUUCCAAUGCUAAUGGGAUAGAAAACAACAUCUAUAUUGCCGCACUCCCCAUUUAUAAGUCGCUAAUGGGCUUCCGAAUUUCGCGAUUACUUGGGUGUUAGUGUCUUUUUUUGGGGUUCGUAUGCCCCAUCUCCAAUUUCGGGGCGUGACAAUUAAACAAUAAAGAAGUCGCACUAAUAAAAAAGGUAUAUAUAAAUGGCAAAUGACUGUAACAAUCGGUAAUUAUUGACACAGGAGGUGCCAUCCCAUAUAUAUAGUUACCUAUUUAUUCCAAAAACCAAACGAACGCCAUUCAGAUCCAUAAACAAAUUAUAAUUUAUGGGGAAGAGCUACCGCUACCGCAUUAAGAUACGGAUAUGGAUGUGGCAUUUGUUUACUUUGCUAACCCCCUGUAAUGACCUAAUGACCUAUUAGUGGCCUCCUUGCAUUACAAUGUCAACACGGUUGACCCUGCAUCCUGCGUUGGAACUUUUCCGCGAAACCAAUUAGCGGGGUCGUCGCCUAAUUGAUUGAUUGCCAACGGGUGUGUCACACUUAGCGAUGGCCCACUGUCGCGUAUUGGCCCUCGAUGGCUCGUCAAUUUGCCGCCCGGCAAUAUCGGAAUAAUUUUCGUAUUUGAUAACCAAAUGGGCGUGUGGGUGUCGAAUUAAUUCCGCGGCUUUUGUCGCCAUUCUCCAUGGUGAUAUAUGAUAUAUGGAGUGCUUUGUGGCAGCUCAAGAUGUGACAAGCACAUUAAAUGACGAAUUUUUUUUGGGAUUCUAAUUAGCUACGUGUUUGUUGGGGAAACCCCUUUCAUAAAAAAAAAACUUGGGUUUUUAGAUCAUCCCUCCUUAUCGUAACUCCAGAUUGUUUUCUGUAUUUCUACCUAUGUUAAUAUAAUUAUUACAUUAUUAAUAUAAUAGUAGUAUAGUAUAAUAUAAUAAUAUUAAUAUAAUAAUAGCACUUCAGGUUGUUUUAGCAAACACGCAAAAACAUAAAACAAAGAAGGGAGUACUGAAGCAUAUGGUCAGAAAUGAAAUCCAUUAAGUACUUGUCGCGGUUAAAAUUAUCUGGUUGCUUUUCCGACAGCUUUUUGUACCAGCCCAAAGUGAUUUAUUUCGUUUUUGAUAGGGUGGAAAAGUAUUGGGGAAUGAUUCACGUGUAUGAUUAGAAGAUUUUUAGACAUAUGAUAGAUAGAGAUAUGAUGGGUUUUUCUGUUAAAAAGUGUAUCGAAUUUGUAGAUCCAUGCUUUAUCUGAUAGAUCUUAACUUGCCAUCCCUUCUUUUUCCCCAACUUCCUGACUAUCUUUCUGUUUGUCCGUUUGUCAGUUUCACCUGUGUCUGAGACAUAUGAUAGAAAGAGAUAUGAUUUUUUUUUCUGUUUAAAAGUUUAUCGACUUUGUAGAUCCAUGCUUUAUCUGAUAGAUCUUAACUUGCUAUCCCUUCUUUUUCCUCAACUUCCUGACUAUCUUUCUGUUUGUCCGUUUGUUCGGUUGUCCGUUUCACCUGUGUCUGAGUUUGUCCGUCACAUUUGUUGAGUACCAAGUUCUUAACUCCCAGGUCUUUAUCGUCACGAGCCUGUUCCUGAUUGAGAGCAUUUCGGAGCUGACCUUUAUCAGACAGGCGAUGGUGGUCUAUGGCACUUUAAUCGGCUAUCUUAUCACCUGCCUUAUAUUGGCAUCAGGUCAUGUGGGUGGAACGGUUGUGGACAAGCGCCUCGAUAUCCUCUUCUCGAUCGGCGGCUUUGUGCUGUUCGUGGCCUCGGGCACCAUUAUCCUGGACCAGUGGCUGGGACACUGCACGUCGCAGGAGGAGAAGGAAGUGCUCCUGGUCGUCGGCAUCUUGAGUGUGGCCAACGGAGCCAUCUUCGUGGGCGACAUGUUCGUUGUGUUGGGCUCUUGAAAUAGUUGCAUUCAAAUUGUUUAUAAAAUAAAGUAUUUUUUUUUUAUAUUUUGUUAAAUGAAAAUAAAUUUAUGAAAUAUAGAGAGUAUAUAGACAAGAUACCUGAAAAAAGGGUAGUUAAAAGAACCAUGGUUUAUAUUGUUUCUAAUUGAAGUUCCUUUUUUUAUAGUUACAUAGUUAUUGUGCUAAUAAAUUUUGAAUGUCAUAUUUGCGUUACAAAUCUGAAUUAUUCGUAUGAUAAAAAUGAAUUAAUGAAU